UUGACAAAUCCAUCAAAUUCACAAAACCUUUACAAUCAGAUUUCGAAAAAACCCUAAAUCAUCAUCAAAUUUCACCGGAGAAGGAGAUGAAGGGAAGCUUCUCGAUCGUCCGUCAGGUCUUCCAGCGCCGUUUCUCCACACUCCGGUCGUCGCGACCCUCCGCGCUGUCCGGUUCCGCCCGAUCGCUUAUCGUGCCCCCAAGCUCGACGCCGUCGCAGAUCCCUAGAAACUCGUCGUUACCUGCCUCCGCCUUCGUCUCCUCGUCCAUCGCGUCUAACUUCUCGACCACUUGUUUUCCCAGCACGAGAAGCCUCUGUUCAUCAGCUGGAGGUGGAAAUGGUGUGGUUAUAGUGAAGUCAGAGGAAGAGUUCAUCAAUGCUAUGAGCAAAGCUGAAGGUAAGAUUGCUUACGUUUCAUAUCAUGUGCAACUUUGCUGCUCAUGUUGUCCUCUUAAAUGUUAUCUCAGGUGGAUCUUCCCCGUCGAUCUUCUACUUCACUGCCGUCUGGUGUGGACCAUGUUUAUUGCUCCUGUGAUAGAGGAGCUUAGUAAACAGUAUCCUGAUGUAACAACCUAUAAGAUCGACAUUGAUGAGGGUGGACUUUCAAACACUCUGAGCAACCUGAGUAUCACGGCUGUGCCAACACUGCAGUUCUUUAAAGAAGGCUCGAAAAAGGGUGAGAUUGUGGGGGCAGAUGUUGCGAAGCUGAAGAAUCUCAUGGAACAGCUCUACAAGUGAAUUAAUAUACCAAUGUUGAAAUAGCUGCGACUUGGAACGUGCAAUGUGCAAGAGUGUAGUUUAAGACUAUCCCUGUCCUGUCCAAUAAAAUCAGGGGCAAGUAUUUGUUUCCCAGUGACUCGCUUGUUGGGGGAUAUUGUUUUGUUGAGAGCCCCGUGUCUUCUCCAAACAUGAGUAGAUUGAAAUCAUAUGAUUUAACAAGGGAAUUGAAAUGAGAA